UCUCUCUCUCUCUCACUUCACCUUCCUACUCGAAUCCAGCUCUCUUUCUUUCCAGUCAGUACAGUGAUGUAAUCUCAUUCUUCUCUUUCUGACUCCUAAGACUAUUUAGUAUAGUAUAUACACUUGUGUUUUUCUAUCUUACGUUUCUAGAGAGAGAUAGAGAGAGAAGGCGGCCAUGAACUGCGGGAAGGAGAGGCUGGUGGUGGAGGUGGUGGCGGCGCACAACCUGAUGCCGAAAGACGGGGAGGGGUCGUCGUCGGCGUUCGUGGAGGUUGAGUUUGAGAACCAGAGACAAAGGACUCAGGUGAAGCACCGGGAUUUGAACCCGGUUUGGAACGAGAAGCUUGUUUUCCAUGUGAACGAUGUGGCGGACCUGCCUUACCGGAGCGUGGAGGUGAACGUGUUCAACGAGCGGAGGUCGACCAACGGGCGGAACUUUCUGGGGCGGGUCUUGGUUUCCGGGUCGAGCGUGCCCCGGGAAGGAGAGGAGGCCACGCAGCUCUACACGCUCGAGAAGCGGAGCCUCUUCUCGCACGUCCGAGGGGAGAUAAGCCUCAAGCUUUAUCUCUCCACGACCGAGGAAGCCAAACAGGUCCUCAAUGGAGGCGGAGAUGGUUUGGUUUCAUUCAACGUGACACCGAACGGGAAAAAGAGCAAGAAGAUGCAGCAGGCGGCCGCGGGGACCAACAUGGUGGUUCAGCUCGGCCAGGAUAACAACAACAAUAAACUGAUGAACCCCCAAAACCAGAGCCAUUCCAAGCCGGUGGACCCCACUCCGGGCGACAUAAAGCCCGUCGUCAUAACAACCGUCCAGGGGCCUACCAUUCCGGCCGCGGGCGGGGCUGUGGGUGCCGCCGGAGGCGGCGGAAUGGCCGGAAUGGGCGUCUACUCCGCCGCCGCACAAAACGAGUAUUCUCUGAAAGAAACUAGGCCCCACCUAGGCGGAUUAAACAAAGACAAGACAAGCUCAACCUACGACCUGGUCGAGCAAAUGCAGUAUCUCUACAUAAGAGUGGUGAAAGCACACAACUUUCAUCAUCUCUUCGGCGGCGGGGACCUGGUCGGGGAGGUGAAGCUCGGGAACUACAGAGGAAUCACGAAGAGAGUCCCCACCGCCAACCCGGAGUGGGACCAGGUCUUCGCGUUCUCCAAGGACAGCAUUCAAUCCUCGUUCGUCGAGAUCUUCGUGAGGGAAACCAACAAAGACGAUUUCUUAGGCCGCGUUUGGUUCGACCUAAAUGAGGUCCCCAAGCGGGUCCCGCCGGACUCCCAACUCGCGCCGCAGUGGUACAGAAUGGAAGACAAGAAAGGCGACAAGUCCAAAGGUGGCGAAAUCAUGGUCUCUACCUGGUUCGGAACCCAAGCCGACGAGGCCUUCGCCGAGGCCUGGCAUUCAAAGGCGGCCAACGUGGCACUGGACGGUCUGAGUUCGAUAAAGUCCAAGGUUUAUCUCUCGCCCAAGCUGUGGUACUUGAGAAUGGGCGUGAUUGAAGCGCAGGACAUUGUUCUGGGCGAGAAAGGGUCGUCGAUUAUGAGGUACCCAGAGCUUUUCGUGAAAGUUCAGGUUGGGAAUCAGGUUUUAAGGACACGAGUUUCAGUUCCUACGGCGAACAGAACUCUGUCGAAUCCGUUCUGGAACGAGGAUUUGAUGUUUGUGGUUGCAGAGCCGUUUGAGGAUUUAAUAUUAAUCUCCGUUGAAGAUCAUGUCGCUCCCAACAGAGACGAGGUUGUCGGGCGCCUUAUUUUGCCGGUUUCCUUCGUGGAAAGGCGGCUGAACGAGAAACCGCUGGCGCCUAAGUGGUUCAACCUCGACCUUCAUUUCAACAACCCGAAUGAUCAGUCCAAGGCCAUGGCGGCGGCCGUGAGAUUCGCGUCACGGAUUCACCUCCGCGCGUCGUUGGACGGCGGGUAUCAUGUCCUAGAUGAGGCCACAAUGUACAGCAGCGAUGUCAGGCCGACGGCUAAGCAGCUUUGGAAGCCUCACAUUGGAGUUCUCGAAGUGGGAUUCCUGGGCGCUGCUAAUCUUGUUCCCAUGAAAAUGAAGCAGGGCAAAGGAGGCUCCACGGAUGCCUAUUGUGUUGCAAAAUAUGGCCAGAAAUGGGUCCGAACCCGGACCGUGGUGGAUAGCAUGGCCCCGAAAUGGAAUGAGCAGUACACAUGGGAAGUGUUUGAUCCCUGCACGGUGAUCACCAUUGGGGUGUUUGAUAAUUCCCGGGUGGAGAAGAACAUGGCCGGGGCUCCAGGGAAUACCCGGGACCCGAGGAUUGGGAAGGUGAGGAUCAGGCUGUCAACUCUUGAGACUGAUAGAGUCUACACCAAUGCAUAUCCCCUGCUCAUGCUUCAUCCUUCUGGGGUGAAGAAGAUGGGGGAGCUUCACUUGGCUGUUCGGUUUUCGUGUUCUAACAUGGUGAAUAUGCUGCAUAUGUACACAAUCCCAUUGCUCCCAAAGAUGCAUUAUGUGCAGCCAUUGUCUGUGAAUCAGCUCGACAGCCUGCGCUACCAGGCGAUGAAUGUGGUGGCGGGGAGGAUGAGCAGGGCGGAGCCGCCUCUGGGGCGGGAGGUUGUGGAGUAUAUGCUUGAUCAUGAUUCUCAUAUGUGGAGCAUGAGGAAGAGCAAGGCUAAUUUUUUCAGGCUGAGAGGGAUUCUGACCUGGGCUUUCAACUUAAGCAGGCUGCUGGAGUCUUUGAGGAACUGGAACAAGCCAGUGAAUUCAACCCUGUUUCUGAUCACCUUCUUUGUGCUGGUCAUGAUCCCUGAGCUUAUAAUCCCUUUUGUGUUCCUAACCAUGGCAGUGACAGGGUUGUGGCGUUACAGGUCCCGCCCACGCCUCCCUCCCCACAUGGACACGCGCCUGUCCUACGCUGAGAAUGUGCACCCUGAUGAGCUGGACGAGGAGUUUGAUAGCUUCCCCUCGAGCAGGAACGCUGAGGUUGUCCGCCUGAGGUAUGACCGAUUGAGGAGCGUGGCCGGGAGGAUUCAGACUGUGGUGGGUGACAUGGCGACUCAAGGAGAGAGGUUCCAGUCGCUGCUGAGCUGGCGUGACCCGAGAGCCACGUUCUUGUUUGUGAUGUUCUGCUUCCUGGCUGCAUUUGGGUUCUACAUGGUGCCAAUUAGGUUGGUUGUGGCUCUCUGGGGGAUUUACUUGCUGAGGCCACCCAAGUUCAGAAACAGGCUGCCAUCCCCUCCUGUCAGUUUCUUCAAGAGGCUGCCCACCAGAGCUGACAGUCUGCUGUAAAGCAGCUGGAAAACAACAGUCUCUUUGAUAGGAUUAGGAAUUGGAUCAUUACCUUUUCAACUGCUUCUCUUUUGCUGUAAAUUAUGGUCUGUAGAACAUUGGCAUGGUGGGUAUGUUAUUGGUUUUUGUUGUUGUCAUAAGGACAUUAAGUAGUUAAUGCUCAAUUUGGUAUUUUCCUUCUAAAA